AUGACGCGUCUCUUCGCGACAGCAUGUCUGUUCCUGCAGCUGGCCACAGCACAGCAGAUUGGCAAGAUCCCAGAGGUCCACCCCAAGCUCCAAACCUGGAAAUGCAAUACACGCACAGGCUGCGUGCAGCAAUCCACCUCCGUCGUCCUAGACGCGCUUUCGCACCCCCUACACGAAGUAGGCAACAGCAGCGUGUCCUGCGGAAACUGGGACACGGGGCUAAACCCGACGCUCUGCGCAACGGAGGAGUCCUGCGCGAAGAACUGCGUCCUUGAAGGGACGGACUACGCGGCGCAUGGCGUGAAGACGAGCGGCGAUAGCCUUAUUCUGCACCAGUAUCUCAGCAGCGAUGGGACAGUCACGGCCGUUUCGCCGCGUGUAUAUCUGCUUGAUGAGAGCGGGGAGAACUAUGAUAUGCUGCGGAUGCUGAAUCAGGAGAUCAGUUUUGACGUUGAUGUUUCGACGCUAGUGUGCGGGAUGAACGGGGCGCUUUAUUUGGCUGAGCUGGAGGCGUCGGGGGGACGGGGUGCUUUGAAUCCUGCGGGCGCGGCUUAUGGGACUGGGUAUUGCGAUGCGCAGUGCUCUGUUGAUCCGUGGAUUAAUGGGGUUGCUAAUGUUGAUGGGAGUGGGGCUUGUUGUAAUGAGAUGGAUCUUUGGGAGGCGAAUGCGUUGGCGACGGCGUAUACGCCGCACGCGUGCAAUAUCAGUGGUGUCUAUUCCUGUGAGGGGGAUCUCUGUGGGAGUGAUGGUGUGUGUGAUAAGUCUGGUUGUGGGUUUAAUCCCUAUGCGCUUGGGGAUACGGACUACUAUGGGUAUAAAGAGGUGGUCGAUACGUCGAAAGUGUUUACGGUUGUGACGCAGUUUGUUACGGACGAUGAGACUGCGAAGGGGUCCCUAGUUGAGAUCCGACGAUUGUAUGUUCAGGGUGACAAGGUCAUUCAGAAUGCCGUGGUCAAUGUGACGGGAACGGAGACCGAUUCUUUGACGAACGAGUAUUGCUCUGAGACGGCGGAGUACUUCACGGACAUGGGGGGUCUGAAGCAGAUUGGGAAGGCUCUGGGACGGGGAAUGGCUCUGAUCUUCAGUAUAUGGAAUGAUUCCGGUGCUUAUAUGGAUUGGUUGGACAGCGGGAGUGCUGGUCCUUGCAAUAGCACUGAGGGGAAUCCUGCUCUUAUUCAGGCAGAACAUCCUGGUACUUCGGUCACAUUUUCAAACAUCCGAUGGGGGGAUAUUGGAACGACUUUUGGUAAAACACGAUGA